UCUCCCCCCCUUUCCAUCCCUCUCUCUAGGAAUCCGGAUUCACUCCUUUUAACCCUUGCAUGGAAUUGCACCCGAAGGGGGGGAUCUGCCGGGUGGACACUGGGAGUAGCGUGGCUGAUCGUAUCGUCCGCUUUCUCCUUACAAGGCAAAGGCAGCAGUGAAAAGACACCCUGAAUGCCUUCUCUGGUAUCUUCUCUGAGCUGUGAAGUGAAAAAAGAUGCUAUGCAACCAUCUCAGGAUGGGGUUUCUUUUGAAGAGGUGGCUGUGUAUUUCACCCAGGGGGAGUGGACCCUGCUGUGCCCAGCCCAAAGAGCUCUGUACAAGGAAGUCAUGCUGGAGAAUUUUGGGAAUAUGACCUCUGUGGUACCUCAGAUUGCCAAACCGGAGUUGAUAUCCUGGCUCGAAGAGAAGGAAGAGAUGUUUCUCCUGAUCUUUGAUGAAGAGAAGGGACUGACAGUAACAGAAACAUGGGAGACAUUGAAUGAAAUGGAAGAGCAUCAGAUGACAAGAAACGAAUAUUCAUAUUUAGAGGUGAAAGAGAAGGGUGGAUAUUUUGAAGGACUACAGAAGGAAGAGGAAAACCAGCCACAUAAAGGAAGGAAUAAUUUCCCUUUCUUUCUGGGUGAUGAAAUUCCAUUCCUUCAAAAAAUAUAUGAAGGAGACAACUGGAAUACGCAUAGCAUAAGUGGAGAAGGAAUUUCCAGAAACAUCAUUAAUAUGCAUUUGAAUAACCAUGAUGGACAGAAAAAAUUUAAAUGUCUGCAAUGUGGAAAAAGCUUUGGAAGGAAACAUAACCUUAAUGUCCAUCAAAGAAUUCACACAGGGGAGAAACCAUAUAAAUGCUUGCAGUGCGGAAAGAGCUUUGGUGAGAAUGGAAAGCUUGCUUUACACCAAAGAAUUCACACAGGGGAGAAACCAUAUAAAUGCCCUGAGUGUGGAAAAAGCUUUGGACGGAAAGAUAAUCUAAUGUCCCAUCAAAGAGUUCACAUAGGAGAGAAAAGAUGCAAGUGCCUGGAAUGUGGGAAAACCUUCAGUCACAUUGGGCACCUUACUUCCCAUCAAAGAAUUCACACAGGGGAGAAGCCAUAUAAAUGCCGGGACUGUGGGAAAAGCUUCACUCAUAGUGGAAGCCUUAGUUCUCAUCAAAGAAUUCACACAGGGGAGAAAAAAUAUAAAUGCUUGGAGUGUGGAAAAAGCUUCCAUCAGAGUGGAAGCCUUACUUACCAUCAAAGAAUUCACACAGGGGAGAAACCAUAUAAAUGCCUGGAAUGUGGGAAAAGUUUCAGUCAGAAUGGAAGCCUUAUUUCUCACCAAAGAAUUCACACAGGGGAAAAACCAUAUACUUGUCUGGAAUGUGGAAAAUGCUUCAGUCAAAAUGCACAUCUUACUUACCAUCAAAGAAUUCAUACAGGGGAGAAACCAUAUAAAUGCCUGGAGUGUGGAAAAAGCUUCACUCACACUGAUGGGAUCUCAGCCCAUCAGGACAACCAUAAGGGGGAGAGAAAGAAUGAGUGCCCCAUGUGUGGGAAGACAUUCAGUUCUAAAUCAAACCUGAAUGCACAUUGCAAAAUCCACAGUGCAGAGAAACCAUAUAAAUGUCCAGAAUGUGAUAAGAGCUUCAGUGAUAGCAAAAGCCUUACUUUGCAUCAAAGAAUCCAUACAGGAGAGAAACCCUAUGCAUGUUUGGAAUGUGGAAAGAGCUUCAGCCGGAGCACAACCCUUACUACACAUCAAAGAAUCCACAGGGGUGAGAAACCAUACAAAUGCAUGGAGUGUGGAAAAAGCUUCAGUGAUAGUACCAGUCUUAGCUCCCAUCAGAGGAUCCACACAGGUGAAAAGCCAUUUCACUGUCUGGAGUGUGGAAAAAACUUUGCUUAUAGUGCAAGCCUUACUACACACCAAAGAAUUCACACAGGAGAGAAACCUUAUCAGUGCUUGGUGUGUGGGAAAAGCUUCAGCGAUAGCACAAGCCUUAGCUCCCAUCAAAGAAUUCACACAGGAGAGAAACCAUAUAAAUGCUCAGAGUGUGGGAAAAGCUUCAGUGAGAGCACAAAGUUGACUUUGCAUCAACGAACACAUGCUGGGGAAAAACCUUAUAACUGUUUGGAGUGUGGGAAGAGAUUUGCUUAUAAUGCAACUCUGAGUAGACAUCAAAGAAUCCACACAGGGGAGAAGCCAUAUAAAUGCCAGGAGUGUGGAAAAAGCUGCCGUGAUAAUGCAAGCCUUCGAUCCCAUCAAAGAAUCCAUACAGGUGAAAAACCAUAUAAAUGUUCAGAAUGUGGAAAGAGCUUCAAUCAGAGCUCACAUCUGACAGUACAUCAGAGGAUUCACUCAGGUGACAAGCCAUAUAAAUGCCUGGAAUGUGGAAAGAGUUUCAGUAAUACCACACAUCUCAGUUCCCAUGAAAGAACUCACACAGAGGAGAAACCGUAUCAUUGCUCAGAAUGUGGAAAGCGCUUCAGGUCCAGUACAGCCCUUACUGCACAUCAAAGAAUACACACUGGGGAGAAACCAUAUAAAUGCUUAGAGUGUGGGAAAAGCUUCCACAAUACUACACAUCUUAAUUCCCAUGAAAGAAUCCACACAGGGGAGAAGCCAUUCCAUUGUUUGGAUUGUGGAAAGCGCUUCAGGUGGAACAGAGCCCUUACUUCACAUCAGAAAAUUCAUACGGGUGAGAAACCUUAUAAAUGCCUGGAAUGUGGAAAGAGCUUCAGGUGGAGUGCUCACUUUACUGCCCAUCGAAAAAUGCACACAGCAAAGACACCAGAAAAUGCGUAAUGCUGUCAUGAGAACUUGUAUGUCAACCAUUACUGUUUAAUAAAGAACUCACUACAUAAA